ACUAUUGUUAUUAAACUGCAAAUAAACAAACAAAUUUUGGCCACUUACUAACCGAAAUAUUGUCUAGAAACGUACAUUUACGAAUGGGUGUGACUGUCUUGCAACCGUACCCGCUGCCGGAGGGUAAAUCCGGGGCACACAUGAUCGACCAGCUGGGAAAAAGGCUGCUGUCGUUGGGAGCCACCCAUGCCGGUCAGUUUCUGGUGGACUGUGAGACCUUCAUAUCCACGCCACAGCCCCACAAUGGAGCACCGGGACGGGCGGUGCACGUCCUGCACAAUUCCGAGUAUCCAGCUUCGGCGUUUUCCAUUAUCGACAACGGAACCGGGAAACAAGUCGCCCUGGUUGCGGACAACAUAUUCGAUCUUCUGAUGCUCAAGAUGACCAACACCUUCACAUCCAAGAAGCAGACAAAGAUCGAGUCUCGCGGCGCUCGUUUCGAGUACGGUGAUUUUGUGAUCAAGCUUGGCUCCGUCAACAUGAUGGAACACUUUAAGGGAAUUCUCGUAGAGAUUGAAUACAAAUCCUGUGUAAUUCUUGCCUACUGCUGGGAGAUGAUUCGCGAAGUGCUGCAGGGCUUCCUGGGCAUUUCAGUCUCCAAAGACUUUCCGUCAUACUUUGCCCCGCAGACCAUUAUGACGCCAAUGGGCCAGCAGCAGAUUCACACUAAGCACAACGACAUUUACGAGCCCAUGGAUACGGUGAAACAGUACCUGGAAACAUUCACGAACUAUAGGAAACAGGUGCACAGCGGCAUGUCUGGGAAUACGCCCAUGCAUAUGUCACCCUCGAUGGCUGGCUUGAGUCGAUCCUGAUCCGCCGAAGUGAAGCUGGAGCCACCAGAUGGGCCGCCGGUGGGGGAGUGAUCAGUAAACAUUAUAAAUAUACUUAUUGCAAAUAAUUUAAGAGAAAACUAUAAGAUUUAAAUAAAAUAAUUACUAAAAUAAAUUCCACAGCCCCCACAAAACUAUAAA